AUGGAUAAAGCUAUUAUUGAAGUAAUUUACAAUCAGCAUUUGGAAAAUAAAAAGAAAUUGAGAAAAGAAUAUAAAAAUGUAAUUGUGGAGGGUGAUGGUCCUGUUGGUUUAUAUGCUGCUUUCGAACUUUUUAUGGGUAUUUUUAAUAAUUUUUACUGGUCGUGGGAGUCUGAAUUGCCUAGUCUGUAUUCUGAAUAUUAGAGCUACUGAAUGCAUUUUGCGAUCUAUUGUGCCUGAUAUUAUAUCUGAAUCAAGUUUUCGUUCCUGUGAAAUAAAUGAGCCUGUA